AAUGCGAAGAGGAUUUAUGCUAUAUGUCCGCAUAUUAAAUUAAAUAGUGAUGGUUACAAAGAAGAAGGAAUAACAUAUCCAUCGUCGUUUAUGCAAAGUAUUUUACUAACAGAAUUUUACAAUGAAUGCGGAAUACCGACAUCUUGUUUGGAUUAUGUUGAAGCACAUGGUACCGCUACCAAAGUUGGCGAUCCUCCAGAAAUUAAUGCUAUCUCUAAUGUAUUGUGUAAGAACAGAGAAACUCCAUUAAUGAUCGGCUCUGUAAAAUCCAAUCUUGGUCAUGCUGAAGCUGCUAGUGGUUUCGAUCAAAUUGCUAAGGUAAUAAUAGCAUUUGAAACCGGUUUUGUUCCACCAAAU